AUGUCUUCAUUCAGUAACUUUCAAACCCUUCUGGACCAACAGGUCGGAACCCUUCCACAAAGGUCAUCAUGGCCGAUAGCAACAGAUAAGUCGCAGAAGCAGAGACCUAUUCCCAUCAGCUCUUUACGCUUUCAGGGCGCUGCUUGGGCUACUGCGGGAGGCAGUAUGUACGCAACGCUCCACGGUGUAUUCAAGAUCUUCCGCAACUUCCGAGGGCUGAGAUACAUUUGA